AUGGACCAUGCUCAGGCUCGUUUUAUCUUCCAACACCUUUUCCUUCCGCCUGACCUGCCGCAAACUGAUCAUGAAGAGCUCGGUGCCGAGUCGUUGCUAAAACAAGUCGAGACAGUUGCUCAUGCCUUCUCAUCAGCCCUUGGCACCGACGCGAUAAGAGGAGGAUGGAGAUCCCUUGCCAGAUCAGCCAAAAAAUGGGUUCAGCUCUACGCAGAUGGAAUGCCUAGCAGUUACAUUAUAAUGCAAGCCCUCAAUGACAUGCAGGAUCAUGGCAAGUAUUUGCCUUCCAAAGUGAAAGUGUCUCAAGUGCUCAUCAUCAUAGAUGUCCUCAUGUUUUACGUCAAGUCCCAGAAUGCUACAGUCAUCGCACGACACCUUGGCACCGGGAUAGUCUUUGAGUGCUUCGAAGUUGUGCCUGAGAUGAGGGCGGUCAUCAAAGCUAAGAAUGCCUUGGUGCGAAGCUUCCCUGCGAGAGCCAUUUUUGUGCCUAAAGAGAUCAUGGAGGCGGACACAUUUCUGGAGGAGCUCAGUCUUGCUUUGCAUAGGUUGUCUACAGAGCAGCUAAAACAAUCCAAAGAAGUUGCGAUCAAAGCUGGGAAUGUUGUCGCUGAAAGUCGAGAGUCGCCUGCGCCAAAAUUCGUCACCGAAUGGUUAUUUGGUGCUGUUUUGAGUGCCUACGGCAAAGUCACUUCAAGCCAGUCUAUCUCCAAGCGUACCCAUGAUGAUGUUGUGACCAAAGGUCUCGGCAUACCAUGGCGGCGAUCUGCGGUCUGGUUAUCCCUCAGAGUUACUUUUCAACUUGCCCUGCUCAAUUCCGACCUCGAUGAUUCGGACAGCACGCAUUAUAAGAACUUCAUGUUGUUCUUUCUGGCUUCAGUUUCCACACAGAUCAUUCAUAAAGACACUUCGCCCGCCACACUACAUGUUAUUAGGGUGAAAUUGGCUCGAAGAAAUGCAAAGUUGGGUCAGCGUACCUUCAGCUUUGUACAGGACUACGUUUCGAAAACUCUGGCUGAAAUCAAUACCGCGAUGAAAACUCAGUAG